UGUUAUUAGUUGCAAUUCAAGAGAUAAAAGCUUUCUGUCGGAUGAAACUUGACACUAUCCUUAUUUAGGACCAAUUUAAAGACACAAUUUUACUUGUAAACAAAAAAGCCCCUUUUUUAUGUUAAUAAAUCAUUAGGCCGUGACCAAUAUUCUAACUUAUGACUUCCAUAAGUAUUUGUUAUCAAACAAAGUCUUAUUGAAAAAGAUGGAUUUAACAAAAAAGUAUAGUUGGUAUGAUUCAUCUUCCCUAGUUCUGACAAAUGAUUGUUCAAUAACAAUGAAAUUGAUUCAAAAGUAAUGAUUACAUUGGUUAACUUGUGCCUCAUUGUCAACUGCACAUGUCUUAUAUUGAGCAACUGUGAAGCUCUUCCUAAUAAAAUCCUAAAAACUUUUAAUCACAUUAGAACUAAAAGUUCGCCAAGCGAACAGAAAGAAUCUGUUAUUCAAUUAAUUAAACGAUUAGUUCCUGCUCAUGCGUCAAAGUUUAUUAUCAGUAUUAAUAAAAAUUAUGUAGAUUCAGAGUUUGCUGAUUAUUUUGAGAUUGUUAGUACCACUAAUGGUAAUAUUAAAGUAACAGGAAGCACUGGGGUAGCAGCUGCUGCAGGGUUUUACCAUUAUUUAAAGUACUGGUGUUUUGCACAUAUUUCAUGGAGUGGAAAUCACUUGAACAUUCCUAUAAAUUUACCUUUGGUUCAUUCUCCUGUUAAAAAAGUAUUUUAUGAAAGGUUUCGUUAUUAUCAAAAUGUUUGUACAGUUAGUUAUUCGAUGGUCUUUUGGAAUUGGACACGAUGGGAACAAGAAAUUGAUUGGAUGGCUAUGAAUGGAAUUAAUUUUCCAUUAGCAUUUACAGGACAAGAGUCAGUAUGGCAAAUAGUUUAUAAGAACUUUGGCUUAACUCAGGAAGAAUUAGAUGAACAUUUUAGUGGCCCAGCAUUUCUUGCAUGGCAACGAAUGGGAAACCUUGAAGGAUGGGGAGGGCCACUCUCUUCUUCUUGGUAUUCUAAGCAAUUGCAGUUACAACAAAACAUUAUUUCACGUAUGAGAAGUUUUGGUAUGAUACCAGUACUUCCUGGAUUCGGAGGUCAUAUACCGAAAGCUCUUGUUAGUCGCUUGUUUCCAACAUCUAAAUAUUACAAGCUAAAGCCAUGGAAUAAGUUCACUGGGAAAUAUGGUGGUACUUUUUUAUUGGACCCACAAGAUCCUCUUUUUAAGAAAGUUGGUGCUGCAUUUGUUGAAAUGCAAAAGCAAUUAUAUAAUGGAACUGAUCAUGUUUAUAAUGCUGACAUUUUUAAUGAAAUGGAUCCACCUCAGCUGACCUCAGCUUUUAUUACAAACACAAGUAUUGGAGUUUAUAAUGCAAUGCUUGCAAGUGAUUCUGAUGCUGUAUGGCUUAUGCAAGGAUGGAUGUUUUUAUCUUCAGUAUGGAAACCUGAACUAGUUGAAGCUUGGCUACAAGCUAUACCAUAUGGCAAAUUGAUUAUUUUGGAUUUGGCAUCUGAUAUAUACCCAUUGUAUGACCAAACAAAUGCUUUUUAUGGUCAUCCAUUUAUUUGGUGUAUGAUUGAAAACUUUGGUGGAACAACAAGGUUGUAUGGUCAACUUACAGGUGUUAUGAAAGGUGUAAUUUCUGCUAGAAAAACUUACAAAUCUUUUAUGAUUGGCACUGGAAUGACUCCAGAGGGGAUUAAUCAAAAUGACAUUAAUUUUGAGCUCAUGAAUGAAAUGGGAUGGAGAAAUGAGGAGUUUAAUAUUUCUGAUUGGACAUUAUCUUAUAUUAAAAGAAGAUACGGCGAUUAUCCAAAAAUGGUUUCAGAUGCAUGGCUAAUUCUUAUUGAUACAAUUUACAAUUGCAAUGAUGGAAGAGAGAAUGGUGGCUAUGAUGGGCGAAUACCUGUAAUGCGCCCUCAACUAAAUGCAAAACUACCUGUGCACAUGUGGUGUUCAAUAAAAGAUUUAUACAAUGCCUGGAAGUUGAUGGUUAAAGGAAGUGAUUACAUGCCUUUAAUUGAUACCUUUAGGAAUGAUUUGGUUCGACUUGGCACCCAAGUGUUAGAGGAUCUAUCAAUUGUGUUUUACACACAGAUGGUUUCAGGUUACUUUAAUAAGUCCACCUUGGAUGUAGAAAAAUAUGGUUCGAAAAUAACAGUACUUCUUACAGACAUGGAUAGGCUGCUAGCCACAGAUCAAUACUCGUUACUCGGUAGGUGGAUUCAAUCAGCUAGAUCAAUGGGCGAUACGUUGAAUGAAACAAAAUUGUUAGAAUAUAAUGCUAAAAAUCAAAUUACUCUCUGGGGGCCUAAUGGUGAAAUUCGCGAUUAUGCAAAUAAAAAUUGGGCUGGUUUAGUGGGCUCUUUUUAUUUUGAACGUUGGAAUAUGUUUAUCAAUUUUCUAUCCGACUCCUUAAAACGCGGUGUUCCUUACGAUGAUAGCGCAUUCGUGUCAAAAUUGCUGCAAUUUGAAAAAAAAUGGAACAAUGAAAUUAAAGAAUUUUCUGCUGAUCCAACAGGGGAUGCAUUCGGCAUAUCGCAUCAGCUAUUGAGAGCGUAUGAAAAAGUAUUUGAAUCAGAAAUAUCUAUGACGGUUUUCAAAGAAGCUUUUAAAGUACCUGAUAUGCCAUUGUUAUUUUGAUUUUUUUUAUAUUAUGAUUGAUAUUUGUAUGCCAUCAAAAGCAUACAUAUUUUA